UAAAUAUAGAGGACUCUCUUUAAAGACAGUGGUUAGAGAUAUAGCACACGUUCAACAUGAAAGUGUACCUUUUGGUAGCCGCGUUGCUCCCUCUUGUCUUGUCUGGGCCAGCCUUUCAAGGUCAGUCCGAACAAGAAGAUGACGGAGCAGACAUGAAAUAUUUCCUAUACGAGUCCAGUCCGGGAGUCUACAAAGUCGAAGACCUAGUUAACGCCGAAAUAGACACCAUGGUAUCAGAAAGCGACGUCUACUACCAUUUCUUCAGCCGCAGUGAUCCCAACGGCGUUGAUAUCCGGAAUACGAACAUCGACGCUCUCAGAAAUACCGGUUUCUCAGUUCAAAGAGACACCGUGUUCAUUGUACACGGUUGGAGAGGUGACAACGACGCUUCAUCAAACCGCAACAUCAGGCAAGCCAUUUUGUCCAAACAUAACAUCAACCUCUUCGUCGUGGACUGGGGUCCGAUAGCAUCCAGGAACUAUAUCACAGCCAAGAACUCAGUCGUCCGAGUGGGAAGGAUCGUGGCAAGUUUCGUCCAAGCACUGCAGAGCAGGUUCUCGGUGCGUUUGUCCACAGUCUCCUUUGUUGGCUUCUCUCUUGGUGCCCAUGUUUCUGGAGCGGCUGGUGCUGCUCUCAAAGCACAAAUUAACCAUAUCGUGGGACUGGACCCUGCUGGUCCGUUGUUCUCUGUUAGGAACACUGACGAGCGCUUGGACCCGACUGAUGCCAAAUUCGUCCAGGUCAUCCACACCAACGGAGGCCUCCUCGGCUUCAGGGAUCCGGCUGGUCACUCCGACUACUACCCCAACGGAGGGUCUUCUCAGCCUGGGUGCGGCUUGGAUAUCGCGGGGACUUGCGCUCACAACAGAGCUUAUCUAUUUUACACCGAAAGCAUCUUGGCCGACACCAAUCGCUUCGUGUCGACGCGAUGUUCUAGUCACAGAGACUACACCAGAGGUAAUUGCAAUGGCAACGCCAGAUCCGUUUUGGGAGGUUAUGCUGUUGAUAAAAAAGCUAGCGGAGAUUACUAUUUGGACACCAACAACCGAUCUCCAUUCGCCAGAGGCUAAAAUCUAAUGUUUAAUGUCUACCUGUGAAUAGUUAUGCUUAAUAUAUUAUUAAGAAUACUCUAGAUAUGACAUAAUUAUAAAUAUACUAUUUUUUUUAUAUUAAAAUGAGAUUUAUUA